CGUCCGCGUCUCUGUGGAUGUGUAAAAAUCGACCGUACAGUUCUAUCCUGCGGACAAGAGUGGUUUUUUUGUUAUUUGUGCUACUAACGAUGCCAUUGUGGGCGAAAAACUUGGACUGCUAAAUAUGCAUCGUCGUUGUUAGUUUCAACCCAAAGAUCACAAUGAAUUGUCAUCAAAUUCUGAGUGGUGCUUGCAAUGCUGGCGAUCGUUGUUUUGCUGUCGGUUCUGUCGAGGGAGUUCCAUUCACAGCAUACGCAGCAGGAUGUAACAUCGUGGUACUUGCAAGCAACUUCGAACGCGUGCAAAUCAUCCCGGGAGCCGUGCAUAACUAUAUUCGCAUUUCGGCCCUAGAUGCAAGCACCGACACCGGAAAGAUAGCAGCCGCAUAUGAGGAUAAAGUGUGCAUCUUCGAACCGACGCCACUGAUCCACACGGACCGAGCCUCGACGCAUGGCUUAGAGUACAAGUGGGUUCAGACCGGGAGCUUGCAAGCAUCCUCCCAUAUAAGCUCCCUCUCGUGGAACCUCGAGGGAACGCGCCUGUUGACCGGUGGAACGGUGUUGCAACUUUGGCACGAGCGGCUUUCCAAACAGGACGAUGACGAACCAAGCUCGGUCAAGUUUGAAAUCGGUGGAUCUGAUCGCGAUCCGAAAACGCCCACCGGCGAGGAGGAAGCUGACAGCAACUCAUGGGAUUGCGUUUGGAAGUGUCAUACAGCGACGCCGGUCCACCAUAUGGCGUUCAGUCCGGACGGCACGUUGUUCGCUACGUCCGGUAAAAGUGAUCGAUUGGUAAAAGUUUGGUACGAGAACAAGCACAUUCUAUUCCCCAACAAAAGCUUCGACCAGUCGCAAUCGCAGAGUUUCAUCGGUGCACCGGAAGUCAGCUAUGGUUUCGUGUACGUUGCCCAUCCGCGCGCGGUCACCCACCUGUCGUGGCGCAAGACUAGCAAAUACAUGCCGAAGGGAUCGGUAUCUAAUAUGCUGGUCACAUCGUGUCUGGAUAACAUCUGCCGCAUCUGGGUGGAAACGGUGCUACCGGACGAUGGGUUGGUAAACAUGAACCAGUUCGAUCCGCUCGCUUCGCAGAAUCCAAAGUUUCGUACCCAUCGUCACAAGCAUCGGUUUAUGCAGCGCCUGAAGCACAUGAAAACGUGCUUCCACAUCCGCCGCCACGCGAAACACAGUGGUACCGGUGGCGCGAACGGGCUAAACGGUAUGGGCCCAGGGUUCGGGGGACCCGGAGCAAGCUCUGGAUUUGGCAAUGCGCCCAUCCCGACACUUCCCUCGACGUACAGUGUGCACGAUUUCCAUUCGUACGGCUAUCACGGCACGGGAAUGACGCCUGGGCUCCACUUUCAUCUGGCGGCAUCGAUCAACGCCGAAACCGACAUCCCACUGGUGCCCUCGAUGCAUACGACCGAUCCGGCCACGCAACCUAACUUCAUUCUGCACUGGUUGAACAACAAAGAGAUGCAUUUUUCGCUGCAAGCGGAAGGCAUCCUGCAGGAAAUGACUCGCAAGGUGAUCGAAAAGGAGGACCAGCAGAACGUUUCGGGCAGCAACAGUGAUGGAGGCGGUGGUGUGGGUGCCACCGAGCCCGGCGGCAGUUUGCUGCUAGAGGAUGGCACGCUCAAUGAUCGCAGGAGCCAGCUGCGGAGCACGCUUUCCCAGGAGGAAAGCAACAGUAGCGAAGAACAACAUCCACCGCUUCAUUCGCAGCAUCGCUCUCACUCGAUCGGGGCUGGAUCGCACGUCGGCUUACCGAGCCAUCAUUCGUUGUCCAACACGACGUCGAUCAAUUCGCUUGCGAACGAUGGUAACAACCAUCAUCACCUGCACGUGACGGACUCGCUGGACAUGAAGAUCGAGUGUCUGCUGCGCGACUGGCAUCACAGCCCGGAUUUGCUGUUUUCGAUUCAUCCGAUCGACGGCAGCUACCUGAUCUGGGUGGUCGAGUGGCUCGACGAGUAUCAUCCCGGUUCGUUCCGGCAGGCACAGGUGUCCUUUUCCACACGCAUACCGUCCGCAUUUCCGCUGGGUGACGCCAUGUCGAUGUCAACGACGGUGGCGCUCUACAAUACCGGGGGAAACCUGGGCUUCCGGGAUAUGAUCAUGCGCGGACCAAAGUCAUCUAGUGGUGGGCAUGACGUCGUUACGUCACUCCCGAGUGUGAUGGAGGAAAACGAAACAAACGAGGACGACACUGGCGAGCAAGGGAGCGGACUCGGGAUGGGCGGUCAUACCGGUGGUGAUGAUGGUGGCAGUGACGCGGAUGCCAACAAGGACGAUGGUGCAGCGGGCGCCGACGGCGGAUUGCUAGAACAUGCUGACAUUCUAACGGCACCUCCCUCGCCCACCAUCUCGAUGGUAACGAAGCAUUCGAAUGGAACGCUCAACCUCUGGCAGCUGACGUUCGCCGACCGAAGCAAGUUCUCGCAGGUACUGAGUAUUGGGCACGCUUCGCGUGCGUCUGGACAUCGGUUCCGGGUCAACGACAUCACGUGUCAUCCGGUGCUGCCACUUCUGCUAACUACGUCGCAUCACAACAUACCGGACAUCCCGAACGGUAAUGGCAAUGGGAACGCGGCACAGACUCCCCCAGGUAACCGCACUGGGGCAAUGAAUCGCCCGAAGGAUGUUUGCGUGCCCUCAGGGUUCUGCUCCGAGCUGAUCCUUUGGCGGGUGGACGCCGUCGGUCCGCUGUCUCAGUCGGGUGGUGUUAGCGAGCUGGCGCGCAUUAAUUCGCCGGAAAUUUCUGCCUUCAGUAACGUUGCCUGGAUACCGACGCUGCUGCCGAGCACAACGUUGGGUAACCUUAGCAACUCCCCGUCGGCCUGCUUUGUCGCUAGCGACGGCGAGUGCUUGCGCGUGUACCAGGCGGUGAUUGACGCACGCACACUGCUGGCGGAAAUUUCCAGCUCCGAGCGGCGCUGUCGCAGAAUGGACUCACUGAUGUCACUCUCGACCGAGUCGUCCGAGAAUGCGGGCCUGCUGCCGCCAACGCUGCACGACAAGAUAAAGAUCGUUUCGCAGCAGUCAACGGCCCGUCCGGGAUGCAUCAUACAGCUGGACGCGAUCGCGGACGCUACGCACGACUGGCAGAACACGCAGUUCCUGCACGUAUUCCAGGAGCAGCUGAUCACCGGCGAACGGAGCGAGCUGGCCGAUCCAUUCGGAGGCACGAAACCUGCCAUUGGUUUGAUGGACGGCGGCAUGGGAGCGAUGGUCGACCUGCAACGCAAUGCACAGUUUGAGCAGCCAUUCUACCUGGUCGUGCUGGAGCGUACCCAGAAUGGCACUACACUGCACAUGUGGCGCAUUGUGAUCGCCUCGCAGCCGGCAGCGGCAGACGAAAUGAGCAGCAGCAUGAUGUACGUCCCAGACAGUAAUCUGGUGCAGGACCUGGACGAUCCGGAGAACCUCCACCGACCCUCGGUGGUACCGGAUGACGUACCGAAGGGUGGCCACCAUCCGAGGAAUACUGCUCCACUGGAGCAAGCAUCGCACGUUAAUAUCUCCACCACGAAGGUGUGCACUCAGGAACUACCAUUGCCCGACGGGGUGGACGUAAUUCAUGCGGCACCUGCUGCCGGACACCUCAGUUCAUCCUCGAUCUAUCCGGCUUGCUUCGCACCCUAUAUCAUCGUUACUGCCUGCUCCGACUCGACGGUGCGCUUCUGGAAGUGUAAAACAUCUCGCAAAUCAUCAUCCAGCGCUAAGGAAGAUCACUCGUCGUCGUCGCCUCCGCGCUACGAGUGGUGCGAGUGGGAAAUGAUUCGCAAAGAUCAGGAAUCCACCAUCGACGUCAAUGGGCAGCUGUUGCACAUCAGCGCUGCCUAUUCGGGACGUAUUGCUUGUGCCUACAAAUACGGCAAAUCAUUCACGCGCCCAACGAAGAGCAGCGAUCCGGAGACACGCUUCGUUAACUUGAGCGUGGCAAUCUACGAGUGCGAAUCCACCGGCGGCAGCGAAUGGGUGCUGGAGGACACGAUACACCUGAAAAACAUUCAUCUGCCCCGCAUCCAGGUGGAUCACAAUCUGGACCUGAGCUAUCUGUACGACAACCGCACGCUGCAGAAGAAACAGCGGCUCAACCAGGUGCUGCAGACACUGUCGCACGACGAUGCCCGUUCACCGCGAUCGAUCAACGGGGGUGAUGUCACACCGGAGGCGUUGGCCGUCAAACCUGGCACAGGCUUACUGGCGGUGCCGAGCUUCAGCACGCUACAGUCAUUGCGCAAGAGCAUAACCGAGCACGGCAACACGUGUCCGAUCACGCAGAAGCAUCUGGUGCAGCUGGACUGGGUCUCCAAGGAGGAUGGUUCACACAUUCUGACCGUGGCCGUCGGCAGUAAGAUCCUGCUCUUCACUCCGGUGUGCAGCGAUCUGGCGCAAUCGAACAUGAAAGCGAUGAAGGAGUCGCAGUCGAGCAACCGGCCACUGCUGCGCAAGGCAAGCUCGCUUGCGCAACCGCACUUUAACGACGAGAUCCGCUGGAUGAAGCUGCGCCAGAUCGAGCUAACGACGGCCGACGGACUGCCGCCGCUACCGAUGCAGAUUUCCUGGGUCCGCGACGGUAUCUUCGUGGCCGGCAUGGACUCGGAGAUGCACGUGUACUCGCAGUGGAAACCGCAGAGCAACAGUCUAUAUAACGUACAUCAUCAAAUGGACAUCGACGACAUGUACGACACGCGCAACCUAAAGGACGAGGACUUGCGUUCGAUGGCACAGGAUAGUACUCAGCGCAGGCUGGCCAACGUGUCCUCAAUGCCCGUACUGUCGCGGGUCAGCUCGAUCAAUCUGAACCAAAUGCUUUCGGCGGACGGUAAGAAGAAGAAACCGAUCGGCGGAGUGGCUAGCACCGGUCACAUGGGGGCGGUGGCCGCGGCAGCUGCUGCCCAAGCCGACCAGCAGCAUUCGCAGUCGGGCCAGCACGACUACAUGACCGAUUACGGGCUGUUUGAGGCGUCCCGCAUCGCUUGCCCCGUGCUGCCCCAGUACCACCCGAAACAGCUGAUGGAGCUGCUCAACUCGGGCAAAAUCCGCUGGGUCAAGGCCAUUCUGGCGCACUUGGUCAGGUGCAUUAGCGGUUCGUACACGGUGCGCGGUUGUGGAGGGGACGAAGAAAGUCUUAACCGUCAGCGUGGUUGGUCUAGAACUCGCACACUUUCCAUUAGCUGCCCGGCAGGCACCGUUAGUCCUCUUGAACCAAGAGGAUCGACGACACAGAUUCCAGAGGAACUUACGUUGGACUAUGCGGAAAUUACCUCCAUUCCUCCGCUACCAUUGUGGACACUUUUGGCUGCCGAUAAGGAAUCGACCAGUAGCAAUCUGCAGCAAAGUGACGAAGAUUACAAUGAGCUGUUCGAGAGUAACAUUGCUGACGAGUCGUUGGACGAUCUGCUGGAUGACGAGAGUGGCGGCGGUGAGACGAAUCGGCACACGGAUCGGAGGUCGUCGCUACCGGAAAAACAUUUCCUAUCGCACUUUGGCCCACGCCAAGGGCAGCUCCUAUCGAGGCUGCUGACGCACACCCACCUGCCCGGCCUGUCGUCGCUGGAUCAGAUGCACUUGCUCGCCCUGGCCGAUACGGUGUCCACGUGCAAUAUCGACUUCGCCGAGCGGUUCGCGAUCGAUGCGGCCAAGACGGCGAUAGCGAAGGAAAAUCUUACCGGUGUCCCGACCACGGAGAGUGUGUCGACAGAUUCGCUCGAUGACUGUGGGUUGCGGUUCUUGCUCGCCAUGAAACACUACAACUAUCUGCUGCGCUGCCUGCCGAUCUCGCAGCGCCAGUCGUUCCAGAAGCAGGGCGUCGGCACGGCCAACAUCGUCUGGGCGUUCCACUCGGAGAGCGAGGAGGAGCUCCUAAAUUUGAUUCCAUCGUACGUAAAGGGCCAACCCAAGUGGCACGUGCUGAAAGAACUGGGGGUUGGCUGGUGGCUGCGCAACAACAGUCUCCUGCGGCAGUGCAUCGAGCGGCUGGCGAAGGCGUCUUUCCAGGCACAGCAGGAUCCGCUCGAUGCUGCCAUCUACUACAUGGCAAUGAAGAAGAAGUCCGUCGUGUGGGGUCUUUACCGGUCGAAGCGAGACGAGAAGAUGACGUCGUUUUUCGCGAACAACUUCACCGAGGACCGGUGGCGCAAGGCAGCGCUCAAGAAUGCGUUUGCACUGCUGGGAAAGCAACGGUUCGAGCACGCGGUGGCGUUCUUCCUGUUGGCGAACUCACUAAGUGACGCGCUGGAGGUGUGCCUAACGAAGCUGGAUGAUUUGCAGCUGGCACUGGUGAUAACGCGUUUGUACGAAGGUGAGCAUGAUCCGACGCCACCGAGCUUUAAGCGGCUUCUGUUCGAAGAGGUGCUGGGAUGCGACGCGAAUGGUGAAAAUCAGGAUCUCUCCAGGGCACAUCCCGAUCCAUUCUUGCGCUCGAUGGCACUGUGGAUUCUGAAGGACUACAGUGGCAGUCUGAGCACGCUGCUCGACAGCCAGAUCGGUAGCAUGCAUCCACUGUUUGACGAUGAAAGUGCAGCCCUUGGAAGUGGGUCCCAUCACGACGCUAGUCAUGCGACGAAUCCGAACGUGUUUAACUUCUACGUGUACCUACGCACGCACCCACUGCUGAUACGGCAACACAUUGCCUCGUCGGCGCAGGAUAAGAAGCGGGCGCAGGUUGUAAUCGCAGGCUUCAGUUAUGGUGCGGUCGGGGCCGAUGCAAGCGGCGGAGUCUCUGGAGGUGGAGGACUGGCGACGGAUAAACAGAUCCAGCUGGAAGAUUCCAUUACUCCGCUAGAGCGGCAGCUCUACUUCACUACCGCACACGCGCACUUUAAGGCGGGUUGCCCAGCGCUGGCACUAGAAGUUUUAAGCAAACUUCCGACUAAGGUGAUUGAGCAGGAAGGGUCGGCUUCGGACGUGCAGAGUCCGAUCGGCGCCGGUGCGGAGGUGGUAAAGGAUCAGAGCACGCUCAUCGCUACCGGAACGCUCGAUUGGAGUAAGGACAGUGGAAAGGACUCGGCCGGUUCGUUCGACUGGGGCGCAAGCAGCAACAGUACGGCGAUGGAUUGGAGUGCACCGGUGGCCUCUUCCAAGUUGGAUGAUGAGUUCAAAAUCGUGUGGGACGACGACGGAGGUGCGGAAGAUGACGACGAUAGCAGCGACGAUGGUGGAGGUAUACAGAUAAAGAAAAAACCCGAAGCAGAUAGUCUCCCGUUGGACGCUGUAGAGGAGGACGAUGGUUCGUCCGGGGCUGGAAGUCUCGAUAUUAUGGCACAGCAGCUUAAGUUUAUUGCUUGUUUGAAAAUUCUGAUGGAAGAGCUCUCGACGCUAGCGACCGGAUUCGAGGUAGACGGCGGUCAGCUGCGCUAUCAGUUGUAUGUGUGGCUGGAGCGGGAGGUAGAGGCCCUAAAGCAACUGUGCAACUACAGUACGGGUGAUUCGGAAAACACGGCCAUCGAGGAUACGACCACUACGGCGGAGAAUUUUGAUCGCGACACUCCAGUGCUCGGUAAUAAAUUCCCACAUGACAAACCGACGCUGCACGAGAUUCUCAUUCAGGAGAAACAAGACUUCGAGGCGAAGGUGCAGCGUGCGGCUCGGCGCAAGCGCUGGUUGAAGGCCAACGAAACACUGCUGCGUACGCUGCUGAGCUACUGCUCGCUGCAUGGGGCGAGCGGCGGUGGGUUGGCCUCGGUGCGUAUGGAGCUUGUGUUGCUGCUGCAGGAGCUGCAGCAGGAGAAGACGCAACAGCAACUGCUCAGUCCACUGCCAUUCCCGACCACACUGCCCCUGCUGAGUGCGUGCGUGGCCGGCAACAAGACGGUCAUCGCGGAUCCGCUGCGCUACCUGCAGUCCCAUACACACGACAUGCUGCAGACGAUGGUGAACAUGCGCGCCCCACCACACAUGAAUCGCACCUACACCUUCCCGAGUGGUAUCUUCGUCCUGCGGGAUCUUGCCGUGGCGCUAUCGGCCUGCAUCUAUCAGUCACUGUGCGACUCGGAUACGUUCAGCGUGAAGCAGUUCUCGUUCUCAUCGACACUGGACGGCCAGAGCCAGGUAUGCCACAGUCCCGGUAUGGAAACGAUCGCGAAGCUAAACGCGAGCUGCCAGAGUACGCACCUGAUGGCAAAUGCUGCUGCCCACCAGCGGCGCCGCAAGUACUCGACCGACGAACCACUGGCGGUCAGCACGCCUCCGUCCAAGUGGCCGGGCGUGACGAACCUGCGGGCGCUGCUGGCACGAGAGAAGGACGAAGAUACACCCCGGCUGAACGUGCUGUUGUGCGAAUCGUUCGUGGCCGCCUACAUGGCACUGUUCGUGUACGCGCUAACCACCUGCGACAGUCACAUCCUGUACCGGUUGGCCGGCCAGAACUUUACCGACGGCUCUUGGUCAACGCUGUUCGGUGGCGGCGUGAAGAAACUGCUGCGCAAAGCCACCUCGCAGACAGCGCAAGCGGCCGUUCAGGCACAGCUGCAACAAGAAAGCCUCGAGCAGGGUAGUUCGGAAGGCGACAGUGGUGUCUGGGGGGCCGUUACCUCGCUCACCAAGCAGCGCGUUAAGCUUAACAUGAAGCUGCUUGGUCACUUUGCCGGACCGCAGGGUGCAUCGAACAUGAAGGAGGACAAACCAACAUACCGGGAGCAGUUUGUGCCGCCAGAAAUGUCCAUGGUCUCGUACUUCCUCACCAAGCCCGCCGUGCGCGGCUUCGCGCCAGAUGAGGACGAGUACGACUCGGCCGACUCGGCGGUAUCCGAUCUGGACGAGGAAGACGAGGACGAGGACGUUUUUGCCGAUCCGCUCAACAACGAUCCCAAAGCGUCGCAGGCAUCGGCGGCCGCUCGGAAGCACCGGCUGGAGAACACCGAGCAUUCAAAUCCGAACUCGUACUCCUGGUGCGUUAUGCGAUACGCGCUGAUCCGCGUUGCCCAGAACCAGCUGCAGUCGUUUAUUGCCGUGGCGGGCAUAGAAAUGCAAGAGCUGCCGGUUUGCAGCCCGUUAGUGCACGGAAUGCUGCGUUCACUAUCAUCGUGGCAGGAUCUGCUUAAAGAAGAGCUAGAAAAUCGGGGACCAGCUUCAGUCGAUUACAUUCCGGGUUGCUUCGUGGAAUCGGAAGCAAAAGGCCCAGCCAUCCAUAAAUAUCGGUCGUUGUUGGAACGGUCCAAUACACCCUUCAGCCCGUGUCUCUCGGCGGCGGCACCGGCCAAACGGCUCUGGAACUAUCUGGUCCGUAUCGAAUCGGUACAGGAGAUCUUCAUCCGUGCCGUGUUUGGCAAAAAGAAGUCCCCCGCCAAUGCGUUCGACGCUUCCACUACUGGCGCUGUCGGGUCGGUAUCAGCAUCGCUCAACGACCCCGGAACACCGAUCGGACAUGAAAACAACAACGGUGGGGGAGGCAAUGGUGCUGGCCACCACCAGCAGCAGCAGCAUCACAACAUUCCAGAGCCGGUGCGCAUCAUUCACAAGGAUCAGGAGCAGAUUUCUGCCUUCUGUCUCAAUAUGGUGAAUCAUGGAUUGCUCGCACUGGCCACACCACGGGAGGUGCAGGAGAUGGAUAUAUCGCUUCUGCUGGAGUCACCCAACUGGAUGGAGGACGAGUGCGAAAUGGACAUAAUGAAUCUGUCCAGGGAUAUCGAAUCGCUUCCGUCGAGCAGCUUUCUUGUCAUUCAAACGGCGACGGAUAAACACCUUCUCAAUCAGAACAUAAGCAGUGCUCAAAACUACGGUGCACCGUCUAGCCCUCAGCCGGGAAUCGCGGGACAGUCCGGUCGUGGUGCCUCAGUGGUCCUCAAACACAAGGUGGACAACAUCAAACGAAUGAGUGCCCAUCCGCUGAUGCCCCUGUACUUGACCGGUGGUCAAGAUGGCUCGGUGCAGAUGUGGGAAUGGGGUCACCAGCAAGUCGUCUGCACGCCACGCUCACCGGGAACGUUCGCCAAGGUGACACGAUGCCGUUUCUCGCAGCAUGGUAACAAGUUCGGUAUUGCCGACGGUGAUGGUAACCUUAGUCUCUGGCAAGUGGGACUGGCUAGUCAAAGCAAUCGUCCGUUUUUCACGUACCAAUGCCAUAAUAAAGGAAUCACCGAUUUCGUAUUCCUCGGGUCGUGCAGUUUGGUGGCAACCGCGGGCCAUAGUUCGGAAAGUAAAAAUGUCGCCAUAUGGGACACGUUGCUGCCCCAAAAGAAAGCCCUUGUGUCUGCAUUUACCUGCCACGACCAGGGCGCCUCUAGUCUAGCGUAUGCACCGCAGCACCAGCUCCUUAUUUCCGCCGGCAAAAAAGGCGAUGUUAACAUAUUCGACGUGCGCCAACGGGUUCUCAGGCAUCGGUUCCAGGCUCACGAACACCCAAUUAAAUGUCUGGCCAUUGAUCCAAACGAGGAGCACUUUGUAACCGGUUCAGCUGACGGUGAUAUUAAGGUUUGGGGAUUAACUGUGCACACGCAGCUGUACAGCUUCAUGGGGGAGCAUGCGCGUAGCAGCUUCUUCAAACACAUCGGCCAGGGCGUAACGCAGCUGCAGAUCGAUCAAGGGGGGCGGCUUUUCUCCUGCGGGGCAGAUGGAUCGAUGAAGGUGCGCCAACUGCCCGAUCGUGAAUCGAUCGUACAUUCGCUGUACUAGGCGGUGUUCACCAACCGGCAACCGGUUGUUUAAGACUCGCACCGACAGGCUCUGGCAAACGAAACGGCGAGGGCAGAGGGGUGCAGUAGAGCAAUGUCAUCGACUGCAAUACAGUAAAAAAAGGUAACAAUUUUAGGGAAAAGUUCCACAAUGCAUUACGAGUAUUACACGAACUGAAAGGGAUAGUCGCGUAUAGACAUUGCGAGAAGAGGGCUAAUGGAAUAUUUACAAACCCGCAAAAUAACCCCCAUAUAUAUAUACAAACUAUUGACAAACGCGAAUGGUGAAAGUGAAGAAAGUGGUAAAAUUGGCCCAUUUAAAAGCUGUUUAUGUUUUCAAAGACUCAUUUUGCGAUCCUUUUAUCAUUACGUAGUUUUCGGUAUGUAUCCAACCAAAUUGCCUAUAUUAAAAUUUAUUUUAUUUUGCUUAAGGUUAUUUAAAACAUAAUAGAAACAAAGCAUGUUAACAUUAGGUAAAAUAUGCUUCGACGUGUAUGUUGCAACGAAAAGGUGCAUGCCGAUGGGCAUCCUAUAAGGACGAAAAACGUUGUAUGCAAUUGAUUAAUCGAUCAAGCAGCAGCAAGUCCAACCGUAAGACUAUCCCCGAAAAUAAAAUAAUAUUAAACAACACAGAGCAAGCGAUGUAGGACAGAUAACAGCAAGAAUCAAUUGCGGUAACACAAGUAAAUACACAAGACACCGAGGAUGAGGAAAAUGAUGAUGAUGAUAAUAUAGAAAAUCUACACUUGCAAACAACUCAUCGCAGACAAUACCCGUGUAUCGAUGCUUAACGAUAAGAAGAUGUUAUACCAAAUACUGAUACGUAUAGGACUUAUUCUACGAACCAUACAAAAACUACUUACACCAUGAAGCGCAUGCCCGGUGCGCCGCACCCGGUGGCGCAGUUGCAAAGCAGCAAUCGCUGUGCCUAAGAGCCUGUGAGGAUUGGGUUCGGGCACACACGAAACAACACGUGACACGUGACAUGUACAAUCAAAAACUGGUAUAUAGGACUCAAAUGAAUCCAACACUGAAGUGCAAAAAAUGCAGUAUACACAGGCAAGUUGGCAGGCAAUGAAGAAGAAUCGAAUGAGGGUCGUGUAUUAGUUCUAAAAAUAAUUGACGGUACUUACCAUUCGACAGAAGAAAGAAGAACGUGAUGUACCGUCAACAACGGAGAGUGGAGAUAAAAGAUGCAUGAGGCAUGUAGGCUGAUUAGUUAGAACUAAUAAUCGACAAGCAGGGUAUUUGUUUAUUCCAGUUGGGUAUUAUGCUGUCGCUUGUCUUUGUUAGGUUUAACGAUUUGCUCAAUCUUUCCUUCACUUUGAUUUUUCAUCCACCUGAGGAUGUUUAUAUGUUUAUAGUUUUUACACGUUUUAUUUUUCUUUCGCUUUCCGCUUUUUUCUGUCUUCCUUACUAUGUUUUUGAUGAUCGAAACCGUGCAUUCAUUUGAUGAAACUUUGACGGUGCUUUUCAAUGGUUCCAUGGGUUCCUGUCGAUGUGAUGCAAUAAAAAUUUAACUAAAGAUAAUCUUUUGAAUAAUUCCAUUGCAAACAAUUGAGACAGCAUUACACACGUCAAUCACACCAAUCCCAUAAACAAAUAUUACUCUCUCAUAUUCAUGCAACCCGUUGGGCUUAAAUUAUACAUGGCGCCGGAAGGUGUAUUUCUUGUUAAGAAUUGAAAACUAUAUUGUUAUCCUACAUCUAUCAACCAAGAUCAACAGUAAAAUUUGGAAAGUAACUUCCGGAACACUGUUAGUAAGCUGAAAUACACAACCUAUUCAUGAUAAAUAUAUAAAUACAUGGGUAAUUAAACUUAUCUUAAAAGAUUAAAUUGACGUUCGAUGAUAACAAGCAAAAACGUCCCCAGCUGUGGGGGUAAGCAUAAUGAUUCGUUAAAGAUCGCGAUCAGCCGGACGCUGGUUAGCAAGGAUUUGCGAUUCGGAAACACGAACUACUAAACGAAACAAAAAAGAAACUAUACACAAUAAAGUAACGUAAGCAAGGCUACAACGCGCAGUAAACAGUACAUACACUCAUAGGAUUUAAUAGUAUUGAACAGUUGUUGUUAACUGAUGUGUAAGAUAGAUACGCAACCAAAACAAAGCGAGAACCAUCUAUUCCUUCGCCUUCGCCUCGUUAAUUGUAACCCGCGCCGGUGGCUCCACGCAAUGUAACAUAGACAACAAGCGAUUUCCUUAUUCCGUUAAAUAUGCCACGAACCGUCUCGUUGGUCGCAUCUGAUGAAAUUGUAAAAGAUUUUAUUCGUAAACGAAGAUAGAUGUUUGUGUGAGCUAGUGUUUCUUUAAAAUAGCGUCAGUUUCUUAAAGAUCAGGCGCAUCAGUGUGCUACUUUUCCUUUCCACAGCUCCUCACAGACAGUUUAAACACGUACCAAUAAUUUUAGCGAGCAAAAGAAAAAUGCAUCAUUACAAUUAGUGCAACGAGACAGUUGGAACACAAUUUUUUAUUGUAAAGCUGAUAAAGGGCUGGAAGAAUCGUUUGAAAUCGUAUUGUAUAUUCUAUGUAUAUGUUAGGAAAUUGUUUUUUGUUUUUCUAGUGUUGAUUUUCUCUAUUUUUACUUAUUACUUUUGAUUUAUUUAUUUUACCAUCAAUAAAUGUUAUCAUAUACACCUAUGACAUUGUUCCAUUUCCCAUUUUCUUUUCGUUCGGUAUACAUGUGAUAU